CAGAAAUACUUGUAAAGCCUGUUCGAGCCACGCACUUCAGCCUGCCUCUGUCAGUUUGAACCACAGGUACGGCUGAUCCACUAGAAACUAGAUGGAACCAGGACCAUACAGGGACUAAUUAAUUCCAGAGGACUUAGAUCUACUAGAUAUUAGGAAAUACCCACUGCUGGACCUGGAUUUAGUGGACCUGAUCUGGGCUAAGGAUUCCGACCCUGUGGAUCAGAACUAUCCUGGUCUGACUCAGACAUGAAUUUGUUGAACAUUAAAAGUGUGACAGUGAUUCUACUGUUUGUUGUGCUGCUCGGACUGUUGUACAGCUCAGUCUGGCAGUCCUGCAGAGUUAUAGAUCCCUUUAAACAGAAUCAGAGUUUACCUGCAGGCAGUCGUACUGACGUGCUGACGAUGACGCCCUGGUUGGCUCCUGUGGUUUGGGAGGGAACCUUCAACCCGGUUUUCCUCGACAGCAUGUACCAGACGAAGAACAUCACCAUCGCAGCCACUGUGUUCGCCCUGGGAAAGUACACCAUGUUCCUGAAAAACUUUCUGGAGACCAUGGAGCAGCACUUCUUCACUGGUUUCAAUGUGCAUCUGUUCGUCUUCACUGACCAGCCAAAGGAGGUGCCCCAAGUCAAAAUGGCCGGCGGCAGACAGCUGACGGUGCGUACAGUGCCCAGCUUUAAGAGUUGGCAGGAAAUCACUUCUCGCAGGAUGGAGCUGAUCCAGACCCUAAUAGAGGAUGAGCUUCGUGACUACGCCGACUACAUCUUCUGUCUGGAUGUGGACUCCCAGUUCCACGGCCGAUGGGGCACGGAGUCACUGGGAGGACUGGUCGCUGUGGUCCAUCCAGGUUACUACAAAGUCGACCGCAGCGCAUUCCCCUAUGACCGGCAGCCUAUCUCCAAAGCCUACAUGGCUCCUGGGGACGGGGACUUCUACUACUGUGGGGGGGCAUUCGGAGGCGUCCUGCAGGAAGUACACCUGCUUGCCAAAACCUGCCACUUGAACUUGGAGGAUGAUGCUACAAAAGGCAUCCAUGCAGCCUGGCAGGAGGAGAGUCACUUAAACAGGUAUAUGUGGAUCAAUAAGCCCAGUAAGGUUCUGUCACCUGAGUACCUGUGGCAGGACUUUAAACCCAAAGACCCUGAAAUUCACAUCAUCAGGUUCUCUGGAGUUGUGAAGAACUACGCAAAGAUCCGACCCAAUAUCUGAGAGAACCCAACUGCACCAGACGGACUGUGAAAGUAAUUUUCUCUGGCCCUCGCUGGCUGUCCAGGUGCUGUCCUGUAAACGGUGUGGGCUUUGUAGAUAAUUGGCAAACUUUUUGGAGGAAACCUGGUCUUGUUAGGAGAGAUGCGUUCCUCCCACUUGGGAUGGAGCAGCUCUCUUAUCUAGGAAUAUUACCCAGUGUAGGGUUAGGGGUUAGGGUUAGAGCUGCAGUGCUACACACUUCUCUGCGCUCCCUCUGGAUCAGUCGCACAACAGCAACCCCAUAGAGAUUGGGCCUGUCCACCGUCCCGUUACAUUAUUUAAACCAAACAAUAACAGAGGGAGAAUUCCACACAAAAAUCUAAUACAAAUUAACACAACCUCUGCAACAACUCAGGAAAUAAAGACUUUUAAAUGUGGUCUGUUAAACAUAAGAUCAUUAUCAUCAAAG